AUGAUCCAAUCUAAGAAAAUAAUUUAGUUGAUUUUUUUAGAAUUAUGGAUAAAAGACUUAGCAUUAGUUGAAACAGAUGAGACAGGAUUAUAUCAAUUUUAAACAAUAAGAUUAUUAGAUUAAUAAGUAUAAAAGGAUAUUAUGAGUAUAAUUAUGUCUAAACUAAAACUUAAGAUAUAAGAAUGGAAUCUAAAUUCAACAAUUACUUUACAUAAAUGGCUAUGGAUUAAUCCUAAAUUGAAUAAUAAGGAUUUACUUGAAGAAGUUGAGAAAAAGUUGAAAUAAUUAAAAUUUAAUGAUAGAGAUGACUUUGGUUUUAGUGUAAUAUAAUCUUGAGCAUAAUACUUGGGAGAAAAUUGGAAAAAUAUUUUAUAUAUUUCAGUUUUACCUAAGAGGUUAUUCUGUAUUCAGAAUUUAGAAAUAAAUCCAUAAAAUUAAAAUUUUUAACCUAUAGGAGAAAUAUUCAAAUGGAUAGAUGAAAUAGAACCACAUAUACAAAUGAUUUUUCAACCUUUAAUUAAUAAAUUAAAUAUCACUUUAGAAAAUUGGAUAAAUGUUUAAGUUUUAAACACAAUUCAAUUCAAUGAAACAGAAAGUUAUUUGAUAAUAUUUAAUUUUUAUGUUACUAGUACAAUAUAUUAUCUAUGUUAUGUUCCUCUCUCUCAUUCAACUUUAUUGAUUGACAUAUUAAAUUAAUGA